AUGUUAUCGCAAACAUUUGGGAUACAGAGGAAGGUCCCAUUAGAAAAUGCAUAAUAAUUUGCAAACAAUAAUAAUUUGAUGUUCAUGGAAACAUCUGCAUUGUCUAAAGAUUAAGUUGAUCAAGCAUUGAGAAAAUUGCUUGAAAAUGUUCAUAGAAAUAAUCCUUAACGAUAUUAAGCAGAAAAUACUUAAAGAUUGAGAGAAGUUACUCAAACUCCAUAAAAAUAAUCGAGCUCCUGCUGCUGA